AUGCAUUGUCCAAGCACAAUAGUUGAGGGAAGUACCGUAACUCUUCUCUGUAAUGCUACUGGAAAUCCAUCUCCAAAUAUCACCUGGAUAUGGCAAAAUAUAGGACUUGUUCUCGGUAGAAACGGAAAUCUCACUAUUACAGAAGUUGAUCGAAGUCAAACAGGGACUUAUCUGUGUCGUGCGUGGAAUGGAAUCGGCAGCAAUUCCACCAAAAGAUGCAGCUUGGACGUGUUUUUCGAAACUCAUGUUCAAGCCUUACAGUGUCCGAGCUCAGUCACUGAGGGAAGUAGCGUAAAUCUUCAGUGUACUGCUACUGGUAAUCCUCUUCCGAACAUCACAUGGAUAUGGAAAGAUACAGGAGAUGUUCUUGGUGGCUAUGAGCAGCUUAUUCUGGUCGAUGUUCAGCGUAACCAAGCUGGGUCUUACCAGUGCUUUGCAUGGAAUGGAAUUGGCAAUAGUUCGACCAAUACAUGUCACUUGGAUGUAUUUCACUUGCCAACUGGAACAAGCAUGACAUCCGGCCUAAAUGAUACUAUCGUCUUAGCUGGAGAUAAUUUGUUCCUAAAUUGCACCUCAGAUGCUAACCCGGCAGUUUACGAGUUUCAGUUGACAUUUGAAAGCACCCUUAUUGCCACCAGCAGUUCUGGGAUGUUUAGCGUUUCCGUGAAGAAAGCUGGAAAAUACACCUGUUUCCCAGUAAAUGUAGUCGGCUCAGGGGACAAUGCUACAGUCAAGGUCACUGUUCUCGUUCGUUUGGUGGGCCCCACCAAUUCACCGUCUUCUGGUCGUGUUGAGGUGUUUUACAAUGGUACAUGGGGAACAAUUUGUGACGACUUAUGGGACUUACAGGAUGCUGAUGUAGUUUGUCGCCAACUUGGAUACGAUGGAGCUUUAUCAGCACCUGGUGAUGCGAAAUUUGGACAAGGAACUGGUCCGACAUGGCUGGAUGACGUGCAGUGUGUAGGAGAUGAGACAUUUAUAUCACAGUGCAAUCACAAAGGAUGGGGAAAUCACAACUGUGGGCAUUAUUCAGACGCUAGUGUGUUGUGCAAACCCAAAGUUGUUCGUUUACUGAAUGCCAACAAUUCGCCUUCUUCUGGUCGUGUUGAAGUGCUGUACAAUGGUACAUGGGGAGGCAUCUGUGGUCGCCUCUGGGACCAACAGGACGCUGAUGUAGUUUGCCGCCAGCUUGGUUACGAUGGAGCUUUAUCAGCCACUACUGGUACAGCAUUUGGAAAAGGAACCAUUCUAAUCUGGCUGGAUUACGUUAACUGUGUAGGAAAUGAGUUAUCAUUAACACAGUGCAAUCACAGAGGAUGGGGAGUUCAUUCCUGUGGGCGUAAUUCAGACGCUGGUGUGGUUUGCCAACCCAGAGCUCGCUUGGUGAGCCCCAACACUUCAUCGUCUUCUGGUCGUGUUGAAGUUUUUUAUAAUGGUACAUGGGGAACCAUUUGUGACGACUACUGGGACUUGAAGGACGCUGACGUGGUUUGUCGCCAGCUUGGAUACGAAGAGGCCUUAUCAGCACGUGGUAUUACAGAAUUUCGACAAGGAAAAGGUCAGAUAUGGUUGGAUGACGUUAAAUGUGUAGGAAAUGAGACAACGAUAGUCCAGUGUCGCCACAGAGGAUGGGCAGUUCACAACUGUGGGCACAGUAAAGACGCUGGUGUGAUGUGCAGACUUCCAGCUGUUCGUUUAGUGAAGUUCUCAUUACCAAGUUCUGGUCGUGUUGAAGUGUUACACAAUGGUAAGUGGGGAACCAUUUGUGACCACUAUUGGGACAAGCAGGACGCUGAUGUAGUUUGUCGCCAGCUUGGAUACGAUGGAGCUCUAGGAGCAGUUCGUAACGCAGCAUUUGGACAAGGAACAGGCCAGAUAUGGUUGGAUGACGUGCAAUGUAAAGGAGAUGAGUUAUCAAUAUCUGACUGCAUUCACUUAGGAUGGGGAGCCCACAACUGUCGUCACAAUCACGACGCUGGCGUAGUUUGCCGGCCUGCAGUUCGUUUAGUAAGUAGCACCCAUUUAUCGUCUUCUGGUCGCGUUGAAGUGUUUUACAAUGGUACAUGGGGAACCAUUUGCGACGACUACUGGGACUUACGGGAAGCUGAUGUAAUAUGUCGCCAGCUUGGAUACGAUGGAGCUUUAUCAGCUCCUGGUGAUGCAGCAUUUGGACAAGGAACUGGUCAGAUAUGGUUGGAUGACGUAGAAUGUGUAGGACAUGAGACAGUUAUAGCACAGUGCAAUCACAAGGGAUGGGGAAUUCACAACUGUGGCCAUUAUUCAGACGCUAGUGUGGUGUGCCGACCUAAAGCUGUUCGUAUAGUGAAGUUCUCAUUACCAAGUUCUGGUCGUGUUGAAGUGUUGCACAAUGGUAAGUGGGGAACCAUUUGUGACGACUAUUGGAACAAGCAGGACGCUGAUGUAGUUUGUCACCAGCUCGGAUACGAUGGAGCUCUACGAGCAGUUGGUAACGCAGCAUUUGGACAAGGAACAGGCCAGAUAUGGUUGGAUGACGUGCAGUGUAAAGGAGAUGAGUUAUCAAUAUCUGACUGCACCCACUCAGGAUGGGGAGCCCACAACUGUUAUCACCACGAUGACGCUGGCGUAGUUUGCCGGCCUGCAGUUCGUUUGGUAAGCCGCACCAAUUCACCAUCUUCUGGUCGUGUUGAAGUGUUUUACGAUGGUUCAUGGGGAACCAUUUGUGACAACUCGUGGGACUUACGGGAAGCUGAUGUAAUAUGUCGCCAGCUCGGAUAUGAUGGAGCUUUAUCAGCUCCUGGUGAUGCAGCAUUCGGGCGAGGAACUGGUCAAAUAUGGUUGGAUGAGGUAAAGUGUGAAGGAUAUGAGACAGUUAUAGCACAGUGCAAUCACAAGGGAUGGGGAAUUCGCAGCUGUGGCCAUUAUUCAGACGCUAGUGUGGUGUGCCGACCUAAAGGAUACGAUGGAGCUCUACGAGCAGUUGGUAACGCAGCAUUUGGACAAGGAACAGGCCAGAUAUGGUUGGAUGACGUGCAGUGUAAAGGAGAUGAGUUAUCAAUAUCUGACUGCACCCACUCAGGAUGGGGAGCCCACAACUGUUAUCACCACGAUGACGCUGGCGUAGUUUGCCGGCCUGCAGUUCGUUUGGUAAGCCGCACCAAUUCACCAUCUUCUGGUCGUGUUGAAGUGUUUUACGAUGGUUCAUGGGGAACCAUUUGUGACAACUCGUGGGACUUACGGGAAGCUGAUGUAAUAUGUCGCCAGCUCGGAUAUGAUGGAGCUUUAUCAGCUCCUGGUGAUGCAGCAUUCGGGCGAGGAACUGGUCAAAUAUGGUUGGAUGAGGUAAAGUGUGAAGGAUAUGAGACAGUUAUAGCACAGUGCAAUCACAAGGGAUGGGGAAUUCGCAGCUGUGGCCAUUAUUCAGACGCUAGUGUGGUGUGCCGACCUAAAGCUGUUCGUAUAGUGAAGUUCUCAUUACCAAGUUCUGGUCGCGUUGAAGUGUUACACAAUGGUAAGUGGGGAACUAUUUGUGACCACUAUUGGAACAAGCAGGACGCUGAUGUAGUUUGUCACCAGCUCGGAUACGAUGGAGCUCUACGAGCAGUUGGUAACGCAGCAUUUGGACAAGGAACAGGCCAGAUAUGGUUGGAUGACGUGCAGUGUAAAGGAGAUGAGUUAUCAAUAUCUGACUGCACCCACUCAGGAUGGGGAGCCCACAACUGUUAUCACCGCGAUGACGCUGGCAUAGUUUGCCGACCUGCAGUUCGUUUGGUAAGCCGCACCAAUUCACCAUCUUCUGGUCGUGUUGAAGUGUUUUACGAUGGUUUUCGUUUGGCGAGUCCAAACGAUGCACCAUUCUUGGGACGCGUUGAAGUACAUCAUAGUGGUACAUGGGGAACAAUAUGUGGGGACUACUGGGACCUAAAGGAUGCUGAUGUGGUUUGUAAUCAGCUCGGAUACGAUGGAGCUUUUUCAGCCCCUAGAUCUGCAGUAUUUGGAGAAGGAACAGGCCCAAUAUGGCUGAAUAGAGUGUGGUGUAGAGGAGAUGAGAAAUCAGUUUCACAAUGCAGUCACGCCGGAUGGGCAGGUCAUAACUGUGGUCAUGACAAGGAUGCUGGUGUGGUUUGCCGCCAGAUAAAAGUCGAACCCCAGAUUGUAAACUUGCAAUGUCCAGGCUCAGUCGUUCAGGGAAGUAACGUAACUCUCUAUUGUAAUGUCACUGGUAAUCCUUCUCCGAACAUUACUUGGAUAUGGGAGGACACAGGAGAGGUUCUCGGUAGAAAUGAGGAGCUCACUUUUUCGGCUGUUAAGCGUAGCCAAGCAGGCAAUUAUCAAUGUCUAGCAUGGAAUGGAAUUGGAAACAUGUCCACCAAAACAUGCAGUCUGGACGUGUUUUGCGAUCCCCUGGUUCUAAACUUCGAGUGUCCAACAUCAGUCAUUGAGGGAUAUGACGCGACCCUUCACUGCAAUGCAACUGGAAAUCCUCUCCCAAAUAUUACCUGGAUACAGCAAGACACAAAGGAUGUUCUUGGUACAACUAAACAACUGACUCUUACAGCUGUAAAUCGCAACAAAACAGGCACUUUUCAAUGCAUAGCGUGGAAUGGAAUUGGCAACAACUCCACCAGAACAUGCACCCUGGAUGUGUUUUACGAACCUCUCGUGCUGAGCUUAGAAUGUCCAACACCAAUCGUUGAAGGACAUGACGUGACUCUUCAUUGCAAUGCAACUGGAAAUCCUCUUCCAAAUAUUAGUUGGAUACGGCAAGACACAGGAGAUACUCUGGGCACCAAUGGACAACUGACUCUUACAGCUGUAAAUCGCAGCAAAACAGGAACUUUUCAGUGCUUGGCGUGGAAUGGAAUUGGCAACAACUCCACCAGAACAUGCAGUCUGGAUGUGUACUACAAACCUCUGGUUCUGAACUUGGAGUGUCCGAUAUCUAUCAUUGAGGGAUAUGACGCGACUGUUCACUGCAGUGCAACUGGAAAUCCUCUUCCAAAUAUUACCUGGAUACAGCAAGACACAAAAGAUGUUCUGAGUACCAAUGGACAGCUGACCCUUACAGCUGUAAAUCGCAGUAAAGUAGGCACUUUACAGUGCGUGGCGUGGAAUGGAAUUGGCAACAACUCCACUAGAACAUGCAGCCUGGAUGUGUUUUUUCAACCACAGAUAUUCGACAUCCAUUGUCCAGCCACGAUAGUUGAGGGAAGUAACAUAACUUUUCACUGUAAUGCUACCGGAAAUCCAUCCCCAAAUAUCACCUGGAUAUGGCAAGACAAAGGAUAUGUUCUCGGUAGAAGCGAAAAUCUCACUCUUACAGAGGUUAAUCGAAGUCAAACAGGAACUUAUCUGUGUCGUGCGUGGAAUGGAAUCGGCAGCAACUCCACCAGAACAUGCAACCUGGAUCUAUAUUAUGCUCCUGGUUUUCCGGUCUUUGUAAACAACACUGUAAACACAAUCACUAUCAGGUGGUCACCAAUUUAUCUACAAUCUGUAACGUAUACCGUAAAUGUGAGACGUGAAGAAGAAACAGCUUGGAUGAACAUAACGUGUAAAACGAGUAAUUGGAAGAAUCACUGCAUAGUGACCCAAACAGUUGCGAAAGUUGUUGGCCUCGAAGAGGUGUCCGUGUAUCACUUAAGAGUUUAUGCUAACUACAGAGGAGUCAGAAGUGACGCCAGUUUACCGUCAGGAGCCUUUAGAACAGCAGCACUGGCUGAACUGGCGCUUGAGCAGAUAAGUGUUAUGUUUGUGCUGGAUUUCAGUGGAAG